CACAGCAGUUAGUGAGUUCUUAAAAGCAAAGUUCAACCUCCACAACCACGCAUAUUUCGUACUUGUAUAUUCACGUUCACAAGUUUUAUAAUAGUCCACAGAGUUGUUAUUAGCCGUACGAUUCGAUCGAGAGGUUAAGGAUCAUCAUCAAAAUCAUCAAAUCAAAUGUCCUCGUAGGUUUGGCGAUGUUAAUCAAUGCCUGGAUGAGGUUUCUCUUCGGAUUCUGCGGUUGCUUGGAGAAGAGGCUGAGACUCGGCGGCGAUGACGGCGGAGGAGAGGAGGAAGGCGGCGGAGAGUCAUCGGACUUGUUCUUCGAGCUUCGGACUCUGCAAGUGGCCACCAAUUUUUUCUCCGAGUUGAACCAGCUCGGUCACGGAGGAUUUGGUCCUGUUUACAAGGGGUUGAUGCCAAAUGGGCAAGAAGUAGCUGUGAAGAAGCUAUCACUGAAUUCAAGACAGGGACUGAGAGAAUUCACUAAUGAGGUGAAACUGUUAUUGAAAAUUCAACACAAAAACUUGGUGACAUUAUUGGGAUGUUGUGCUGAUGGACCUGAGAAGAUGCUUGUGUACGAGUACCUUCCAAACAAGAGCCUUGACUAUUUCCUUUUCGAUAAAACCAAGUCUCCAUCGUUGGAUUGGUCGAAACGCUUUCAAAUAGUUACAGGCAUUGCAAGAGGUCUUCUCUACCUACACGAAGAAGCUCCUGAAAGGAUCAUCCAUAGAGACAUUAAAGCCAGUAAUAUUUUGUUAGAUGAACAGUUAAAUCCGAAGAUCUCAGAUUUCGGCUUGGCUAGGCUUUUCCCUGGGGAAGACACCCAUGUAAAUACAUUUCGGAUUUCUGGUACUCAUGGUUAUAUGGCUCCUGAAUAUGCAAUACAUGGGUACUUGUCUGUGAAAACGGAUGUGUUCAGUUUUGGAGUUUUAGUGUUGGAGAUAGUGAGUGGAAGAAAGAAUCAUGCUAAGGAGCUUGGUGGAGAGAAGGCUGAUCUCUUAAACUAUGUAAGUUUUCUCGAAAAGUUCUAAUGUAAUCUUUUUCUUUUUUGUUUGAUU